AUGUUGAUGAUACGGAGUGGCAAAGCUUUGAGAUCUGUUCGGCGUCGAUUCAAGGAGACAGGUACCCUCACAACUUCUUUACUCCUCUACAGACCAUACGAAGAGUUCUUGUGUUUCUUCGGCGAACGAAGCUUUUCUGGUGGUGUCAGCAGCAGCAGCGAUAGAAAGAUCUCUUCUUCUUACGAAGAGAGACUGAGAAGUGGGGUUGUUGGUAUAAAAAAAGAUGAUGCUGUUGCUUUGUUUCAAACCAUGAUUGAGUCUCGUCCUCGUCCUACCGUCGUUGAUUUCAGUAGAUUGUUUAGUGGUAUUGCUAAAACGAGACAUUAUGAUCUCGUUUUGGAUCUCUGCAAGCAAAUGGAGUCGAAUGGGAUUGCACAUAACAUCUAUACGCUGAGUAUAGUCAUCAACUGCUUCUGCCGGCUCAGGAAACUCGGUUUUGCCUUUUCUGUGAUGGGAAAGAUGUUGAAACUUGGGUAUAAGCCCAACACAGUCACAUUCUCUACUUUGAUUAACGGUUUAUGUCUCAAGGGUCUAGUUUCCCAAGCUGUUGAAUUAGUUGAUCGUAUGGUGGAAAUGAAGGUUAUUCCAAAUCUUAUCAUACUCAACACUAUUGUCAACGGGCUUUCUCUCCAAGAUAGACUCUCUGAAGCAAUGGCUUUGAUUGAUCGAAUGAUGGAUAAUGGAUGUCAACCUAGUGAAGUUACCUAUGGUCCAAUUUUGAACAGAAUGUGUAAGUCAGGGAACACUGCCUUGGCCUUGGAUCUGCUCAGAAAGUUGGAAGAUAGAAAGAUCAAGCUCGAUGCUGCUAAAUACAAUAUCAUCAUUGACAGUCUUUGCAAAGAUGGGAGCCUCGAAGAUGCACUCAGCCUUUUUAAUGAAAUGGAAACCAAAGGUAUCAAAGCAGAUGUCAUUACCUACAACUCUCUCAUAGGAAGCUUCUGUGGUGUCGGUAGAUGGGAUGACGGUGCAAAGUUGUUGAGGGAUAUGAUUGAAAGGGAAAUCACCCCCAACGUUGCCACUUUCAGUGCUUUGAUUGAUAGUCUUGUGAAAGAGGGAAAGCUUGCUGAGGCUAAAGACUUGUAUAAUGAGAUGAUCACAAGGGGGAUAGAUCCUAAUACCAUUACAUAUAAUUCUUUGAUAUAUGGGCUGUGCAACGAAAAGCGCUUAGACGAAGCAAUCCAGAUGUUGGAUCUGAUGGUUAGCAAAGGCUGCGAUCAUGAUAUUGUGACGUUUAAUAUCCUUAUAAACGGCUACUGCAAGGCGAAACUGGUUGAUGAUGGUAUGAGACUUUUCCGCGAAAUGUCUCUGAGAGGAGUGAUUGCCAAUACAGUCACUUAUAGCACCCUCAUUCAAGGCUUUUGUCAAUCGGGAAAACUUGAUGUGGCCAAAGAACUCUUCCAAGAGAUGGUUUCGGAAGGUGUUCAUCCUAGUAUUAUGACUUAUGGUAUUUUGCUGGAUGGGUUGUGUGACAAUGGGGAAGUAGAAGAGGCAUUAGGAAUACUUGAAAAUAUGCACAAGUGUAAGAUUGAUCCUGGUAUUUGUAUAUAUACAAUCAUCAUUCACGGGAUGUGUAAUGCAAGUAAGGUCGAUGAUGCUUGGGGAUUAUUCUGCAGCCUACCUUUAAAAGGAGUGAAGCCUAAUGUUAAGACGUACAACAUAAUGAUUGGAGGACUAUGUAAGAAAGGCUCGCUGUCUGAAGCGGUCUUGUUGUUUAGAAAAAUGGGAGAGGAUGGGGUUGUGCCAAAUAGUGGUCCAUACAACACACUAAUCCGAGCUCAUCUCCGAGGCAGUGACAUAAGCACUUCAGCUGAACUCAUUGAAGAAAUGAAGAGGUGUGGCUUCUCAGCAGAUGCUUCCACUGUUAAAAUGGUUAUGGAUAUGUUAGUGGAUGGUAGAUUGGACAAAAGCUUUUUGGAUAUGCUCUCUUAGGGGUUUGUUUUUAUCUUAGCAAAGAUUCUCGAAUUACCACUAUCUCUUUGUCACUCACCCACUCACUCUUAUUUCUGGUUAGCCCUUCCUUCACCACUAUCAUCACUGCAUCUCAAAACUUCAACACAAAUCCGUAGCUUCCAUGAACCACAAGGAGCAGCUCAAAUACGUUUUUUUCCUGAAAAUAAACUCAGAUGUUUGAGUUCUUCUGAGCUGCAGGAGAGAUCAAUGGUAUUAAAGAAGCAAAAUAACAAGUUAGCUACACUUCAAUUCACAACCUCUAGGCACCAUCAUAUUUGUAUUGUAAUUGAUUCGCCAUUAUAGAUUGAUCUGUAGUCAUUGUACCAAAGGCGAGUUUCUUUCCACUAGCGUAAUUAAAGACGGC